CAAGAAAAAGCACAAGGAGAAGAAGCGGAAAAGGGAAGAGGAUGCAGCAGAGCAACUUGAUAUUGUUGGAAACUGGUGGGCUGUCAGUAAUUUUGGUGAAAUUACAGGAACUAUAGCUAUAGAAAUGGAUAAAGGAGCUUACAUCCAUGCCCUCGACAAUGGCUUGUUUACGCUUGGAGCACCACAUAAAGGUGAUGAAGGCCCCAGUCCCCCUGAACAGUUUACAGCCGUAAAGUUGUCUGAUACAAGGAUUGCUCUGAAGUCUGGUUAUGGCAAAUACCUUGGUAUCAAUUCAGAUGGACUUGUUGUUGGACGUUCAGAUGCAAUAGGAUCAAGAGAGCAAUGGGAACCUGUCUUCCAAGAUAGGAAAAUGGCAUUACUAGCAGCAAAUAGCCGUUUUAUUAGAUGUAAUGAAGAGGGUGACAUAGAAGCCAAAAGCAAAACUGCAGGGGAAGAAGAAAUGAUAAAGAUUCGUACUUGUGCUGAAAGGGAAGCUAAGAAGAAAGAUGAUGUUCCACAAGAAGACAAAGGAAAUGUUAAACAGUGUGAAAUCAAUUAUGUAAAGAAGUUCCAAAGUUUUCAAGACAAAAAGCUUAAAAUAAGCAAAGAAGAUACAAAGGCCCUCAGAAAAGCCAGGAAAGAAGGCACUUUUCAUGAAAUGCUGCUUGACAGGAGAGCAAAAGUGAAAGCGGAUAGAUACUGCAAGUGACAACCAGCUGGUCCAUUUUCUUCUGCAUCUUUGGUGAUAGGGUCAAACUGAAAACCAGUAAAAUGUUUUAUAAUUUUUUUUAUUGAAGUUGUUUUGCUGAUGUUUUUAUUACAUUAUUUUUAAAGGAUUGCCUGAGAGCUAAAAUUAAGCAUCAAAUUCAUGUCAUCUUUCAGUAAUGAAUACUAUUAAGUUUACUCUAAAGCUACUUGCUAUUUAAAUAGUGAGAUAAUUAUUUAAUGGAAAAUAAAUUGACCCACUGUAUCUUCCAAGGCUGAUAAAAGGAACCUGAACUUAGAGACAGGGCAGA